UCGAGUUUAUACAGGAGCACCCUACCACAAGGAGAUGUUGUCCCUGUACCUCCAUCUCAAAGGCUCCCUCCCUCCCUCACCCACACUCUCUCCAAUUUCCAUCACCAUAACCAUCCAACAUUAGCCCUUAGCUAACCUGCCUCCCCUCCACUCCCCCAUUCAUUCUUCUUAUUCCAGCGAGAGAGAGAAACAGUGUGAGUGUGUGUGUGUGUGAGAGAGAGAGAGAGAGAGAGAGAUGGGGCAAGAGAACCUCUCAGCUCAGAAGAGAACAAACAGCGCCGGCUUGCCAACCACCACCACAACAACCACCAGAGCCCGCGGCGGCGCAUUAUCGUCCCUGCCACGUGGCCGGCAGAUCCACAAGACAUUCAACAACAUAAAGAUCACCAUCCUCUGCGGCUUCGUCACCAUCCUCGUCCUCCGCGGCACCAUCGGCGUCAACCUCGGAACCUCCGAGGCUGACGCAGUCAACCAGAACAUCGUCGAGGAAACGAAUCGGAUCCUCGCCGAGAUCCGAUCCGACGCCGACCCCUCCGAUCCGGACGAGACAUUCCUGAACCCUAAUGCCACCUACACCCUCGGCCCCAAGAUCCAAAACUGGGACCAAGAGCGCAAGGCUUGGCUUGAUCAGAACCCUGAAUACCCCAAUUUCAUCAAAGGUAAAGCUCGAAUCUUGCUUCUAACUGGGUCACCUCCCAAACCCUGUGAUAACCCAAUUGGUGAUCAUUACUUGUUGAAGUCCAUUAAGAACAAGAUUGAUUAUUGUAGAUUGCAUGGCAUUGAAAUUGUGUAUAAUUUGGCUCAUUUGGAUAUGGAACUUGCUGGUUAUUGGGCCAAAUUGCCCAUGAUUCGGAGACUCAUGUUGUCUCACCCUGAGGUUGAGUGGAUUUGGUGGAUGGAUAGUGAUGCAUUCUUCACUGACAUGGUGUUUGAGCUUCCCUUGUCUAAGUAUGAUAACUAUAACCUUGUUCUUCAUGGUUACCCUGAUUUGUUGUUUGAGCAGAAGUCUUGGAUUGCUGUGAAUACUGGAAGCUUUCUGUUUAGGAAUUGCCAGUGGUCAUUGGAUUUGCUUGAUGAUUGGGCUCCCAUGGGCCCUAAGGGUCCGAUUCGCGAGGAGGCCGGCAAGGUUUUGACGGCGAAUCUCAAGGGACGACCGGCUUUUGAGGCGGAUGAUCAAUCUGCAUUGAUAUAUUUGUUGUUGUCCAAGAAGGAACAAUGGAUGAAUAAGGUGUUUCUUGAGAAUUCUUACUAUUUGCACGGUUAUUGGGCUGGGUUGGUUGAUCGGUACGAAGAGAUGAUGGAGAAGUUUCAUCCGGGUUUGGGAGAUGAGAGGUGGCCGUUUGUUACACAUUUUGUGGGCUGUAAGCCAUGUGGGAGCUAUGGUGAUUACCCUGUGGAGAGGUGCCUCGGUAGCAUGGAGAGGGCUUUCAAUUUUGCAGAUAAUCAGGUGCUCAAGCUUUAUGGGUUUAGGCACCGUGGCUUGUUAAGCCCUAAAAUCAAAAGGAUCAGAAAUGAGACAGUUAAUCCUUUAGAGUUUGUAGACCAGUUUGAUAUACGAAGGCAACCUUCAGGGAGCAGUGAAACAAAAAGCUAGUGACUGGUGAGAAAAAAAAAAACAAGAAACAUGGUUAAUUGCGAUGUCAUAGGAAAAUGAUUAGGAGUGGAAUUUGAUUUGGAGACAGUUCACGUGUAACUUCCGUUUGUUCUGUUCUUGUGUUAGUAAAGUCUUUGAGAACGUUAUAGGAUAAAAUUCUUUCAUAAGUUAUCUUCUGUAUGUCAUGUUUGAGUAAAUCAGUAAACAAAAUCUUAUUUACUGAUCUGCUGUAUACUGAGCACCCGUUGUAUUUUCUCUUCUUGGGAGUGAAUUCAUCAACCUAAUAUACUUCCAUCAUGUCCCAUUGAAUUAAUGAAAUUGAUGUAACAUGAGCGGCUGCCAGUUCAUUUUCUGUUUCUGUUUCUAUGUUUACUAGCACAGUUAAAUGUUUAUUAUGUUCCCAUCCGAAGGCAAAGGAAAUAAAGAUAUGAUUUGCAGCAGAGCUAAUGUGAAAUUGUCAGCUCAAGUGAGUAUUUCAGCAGACCUGUAAUGCACGAGUUUCUCCCUUUCUCUCCAAUUUAUAGGUUUACCAUAGAUU